AUCCAACAUUGUAACCACUGAGGAAGGAGGGAGAAUUGCACUAUUACACUCUGAAUGUGGCAUUUAGCGUGCAGGUGUGGGGUUUGUUCUGCACGGUGAUGUGCAGAUCCUGUUCCUACCGCUGGGUGGUGUUUGUGUGUGUGUGUAGUUUUUGCGUGGAGACGCUCCGAUGGUGCUAAAUUUUUCCAAGAUGUCGUCGCUGGAACAGAGACUCUCCCGAAUCGAGGAGAAACUGAAGCAGGAGAAUAAUGAACCCCGCAGACGGAUCGACCUCAACAUCGACAUGAGCCCGCAGCGCUCGCGCCCCAGGCCCAUCAUCGUGAUCCAGCUCAGUCCUGCUCCAGCCCCUUCCCAGCGCGCAGCUUUGCAGCUGCCACUGGCCAACGAUGGCGGGAGCCGCUCCUCUUCCUCAGAGAGCUCACCACAGCACCACUCGUACCCCAGUCGACCACGACACAUGCUCACAUUGCCUACUCCACCCUAUGGCCUGCAGAAGAGCUUAGAGAAUGCUGAAAUAGACCAGAAACUACAGGAAAUUAUGAAACAGACGGGUUACCUGAAGAUUGAUGGACAGCGUUACCCUGCGGAGGUCACUGAUCUGAUUAACGAGGGUGAGAUUGGAAGCGGUACCUGUGGACAGGUGUUUAAAGUGCGCUUUAAAAAAACCGACCAUGUCAUCGCUGUCAAGCAAAUGCGGCGGACGGGUAAUAAGGAUGAGAAUAAGAGGAUUCUUAUGGAUCUGGACGUUGUCUUAAAGAGCCAUGACUGUCCGUACAUCAUCCAGUGCUAUGGAGCUAUAGUCACUAACACUGAUGUCUUCAUUGCCAUGGAGCUGAUGGGGACAUGUGCAGAGAAGCUAAAAAAGCGGAUACAGGGGCCCAUACCGGAGCUCAUUCUGGGGAAGAUGACCGUAGCGAUAGUGAAGGCUUUGCUGUAUCUGAAGGAGAAGCAUGGCGUCAUCCACCGAGACGUGAAGCCUUCAAACAUCUUGUUGGACGCUAAAGGCCAAAUUAAGCUCUGCGAUUUUGGAAUCAGCGGCCGCCUUGUCGACUCCAAAGCUAAAACCCGCAGCGCCGGCUGUGCUGCGUACAUGGCGCCUGAAAGAAUAGACCCUCCAGACCCCAGUAAGCCGGACUAUGACAUCAGAGCCGACGUGUGGAGUCUCGGCAUCUCUCUGGUGGAGCUGGCCACUGGACAAUUCCCAUAUAAGAACUGCAAGACAGACUUUGAGGUGCUGACCAAAGUGCUACAGGAGGACCCUCCUCUUCUGCCUCUCAACAUGGGCUUCUCCCUCGACUUCCAGUCCUUUGUUAAAGACUGCCUCACAAAGGAUCACAGAAAAAGGCCAAAAUACCACAAGCUGCUUGAACACAGUUUCAUCCGGCGCUACGAAGUGCUGGAGGUGGAUGUUGCAGGCUGGUUUCAGACCGUGAUGGAGCGCACAGAGUCUCCACGCAGCAGCCAGUGCUACAGCCAACACCAGCUUCACUCGCUGUUCAGCAGGUAGCUGCACUCGCAGAGACGGACGGGUGGAUGGAGAGACAGAGGGACGAAAGAGGGAGAAAGAAAGCGUGGAGAAGUGUGUGGGGGGGGAAAAAAGGGGAAAGGAUGGAGCAAGUGAUUUGAGACGGAGUAAAUAUGACUGAUAGGCAGACACGGGCAAGUGUGUUGUAAAUCUGAAACCUAUUUAUAUUUAUCUUUAUAAAUAUAUAUAUAUAUAUAUAUAUAUAUAUUUUUUUCCUUUCUUUUCAUCCACCACUCUAUCAGGACGGACAUUAGCUUUAGGAGUUGCUAGUCGUGCACGUUCACAUGUGUAGUGUCAUACGAGUUCACUACCGGUAUAAGCUAUAGAGCACUGUACAGUGUAAAGCGACAGCUGUGAAUAUCAUCACUUCUUACAUCAUGUAUUGACUUCGAAUCAGUGUAAGCCAUAUGGCUGCGCGGUGUGUGUAGCCGCCCUACGUAGCGUGUGUUCAUACUGAUGCUGUGUCCUUCACCGCGUUCAUUCGCUCCACAUCGUCCAUUAGCCCCUUACUCAGGGACUGAACAGAGUAGUCGAACAACACUGAGCCAAGGUGUGUGUGUGUGUGUGUGUGUGUGUGUGUGUGUGUGUGUGUGUGUGUGUGUGUGUGUGUGUGUGUGUGUGUGUGUGCGUGCGCAUUUUGUGCAUUUGUGAGUAGUCUUACUAGAUCGAAAUCUUCAUAUAUAGCAAGUCCUCGUUUUCCUGGACAGCUCGCGUGUCCGUAGAUAUUCAAUAACUCGAAGGGAAGUGUAUGGAAAAGGUUGAGUUCUGAUGUGUGUCCAUCCAUUAAAUAACAAAUCUAACACACGGUUUAGAAAACUAGGGACUCGUUAGUUAGAUCGUGCUCAGAAGCGACGUCGAUUGACAAUCGACAUUUGCUGAUGGGAAGUAAAUAUUUGCUGUAAGACAAAAAAAAAAUAUAAAAAAAUUAGAUGGUAGCAUAUAUUCUAGACUAUACUUUUAUUUUUCUACACAUCUCAGGAGAGCGCUAGGGAUGCUAUGAGGAGAAAGAGUGAGAAGGGAUUUGUUUUUUGCUGAUACCCAACUAACCCCCUAGUUUAUGCUUCGUCAGACCGAAGUGCUGGGACAGAAUAUCAGAGAUUGUGAGUAGUGAUAAAAAAGAUUUUUAGAUGAUUAUUUAAGUUAGCAGAAGUGAGAUUAUCAUAGAUUUCAAUAUGAUUUUUUUUAAAUGGCAGGAGGUUUUAUAUUAAUCACAUCAUCCAGGCACUUACCAAUAAAAACAGUGCUUUCAUAAGAGACAGCCUUGUUGUAAGUGGUUAUAAGUGGUCAUUAAGCACAUGUAUAAGUGAUUAAGCUUCAAAAGAAAAGGCAGCAUGACUAUUAUUAACAUCAGCUGGUUGAUCGAAAAUGUUCUUGUCGUUACCGACCGAUCAGAGCACAGAUAUGCGUCACGAUAUUGGAACGUUUCGAUUCGACUAUCGACAUCCGCCGAUCACGGACAAAUCCUAAGUUUUUCCUGAUGAAGAUUUCAGGGAUCAUUUUAGAUUGGAGUAUAAAGCAGGCUUCAGGGGAUUGAGUGCGGAAGUGAUUUGAUCGAGAAUAAAGAAAAAUUGCCACAUCGUGGUUUAACUGUUAUAUACAUUACUACAAUGGAUGAUAUGAGAGAAAGAGUCUGGGAAUGAGGAAUUUGAAUACAUUUCAUGAAAUAGUCGGUUGAUGACAUCAAUCUAAAUCAAUCCUUUGAUGAUUUUAUUGGAUAUUUCCCCCAUUUAUUUGAAUACUCUAUUCAUUUUCUGCAUCACAAGCAGCGAACCAAAGCAUUUUCGAUUUCCUCUCCUCUAAUCCCUUGUCACCAGACCACAGCUUGCAUUUUCUCAGAACCAAAGCCGUAGCUGAGAAGUCGCUGUUCUUCGAAGCCAAAUCACUGCUUGAGCGCAAGGAGGGGAUGAAGAAAGAACAAGAGAGCGAAAGAAAGUGGGGUGGGAAGAAAACGGGACAUGGUACGUCGACAGAAGGAUCAGCACGAGAAGAAAAGCAGCAGGAUACGAGAAAGCAUAAAGGAAUGUGAAGGAAGUUGGGAAUGUAGGAAUGGAGAGAUGAGGAGAGAGAGAAAAGGAAAGUGUGAGGUUUUUUGGAGCAUAUCUUUCUGAUGGUGUCGAGGUUAGUCUUCUAUUUUCCCUUGGACAAUGCAUCGAAGCUUUCCACAGUAUCCAACCAACAUACCUGUUUAUUUUUGUUUGUUUGUUUAUUUCUAGGGACAAUUAGUCUGUUUCUAUUGUCGUAUUCAUAUUGUUGAAAUUUUUUUUUUAAAUUUUAUGAUCAUAUUUAUUUAUUGUUACUGCUGCUACCGCUUUUGCUUUAGAUGCUGCUGUCGAUAUAUUUUGUUGUUAUUGUUCCCCAAAGGACAAUAAUAGUUUUUUUUUCUUUUUUUCUUAAUAGGCUACUACAACUUUUUGUUUUAUUUUUUCUUCCAAAAACCAAAAAAAUAAAAUGUUGCAAUGUUUAUACGUGAACCAAAUACAUGCAAGACUGAACGUGAAGAAAAAGACUCACCAAGGAGGUUUUUUUGUUUGUUUUGUUUGUUUAUUUUCAAGAUUUAAUCGCUAACUAAUUGUUGGUAGAACAAGUAUUAAAGGUGCGAGUGGUCAUAUUUAUAUUAAGAGCUCUAUUUCAGCGGUUAGCUGUAAUCAUGUAAGUAGGCGUGAUUUUGUUAGCUUUAGCCUGUUCCGUCUUGUGGUGGAUGUAGUGUUUUUUUUUUUUUUGUUUGUUUUUUUUUUUGUUGUUUUUUUUUAUAAUUUCUCCUAAUUGCUUGUUUUUUUGUUGUGUUUUUUUGCUGUUAUAUAACAGUCUGGGUAGAUGGACUGUAUAAAAGGAGGCUUUACAGUUUGAACCAUUGCUGUCUCAAUCUCUAUAAGAGGGGGCUUCAUCCUUUUCCUCCCAGUCUGCCAUCAUUAUCAAAAUAUGUACAGUUGAGUACAAACAUCCAAAUCUGCUUCUCGGCUCCACAUGAUCACGUUCUUCUGUCAGUUUGUCAGUCAGUCACUUGCUCUUCCUGUCUGUAAGUCUUCUGAAACAUCACUGAAUUAAGUGUCAUCCAUUCGAUAAAAAGAAAGAAGCUGCUUCCUAAAGCAUAUUGAGGCCGGCGCAUUGUACUCGCUAAAUUUCAAGUGUGGACAAGAGAGAGAACAGCCUCAUCCACGUUUACAUUUCCACACGCUUUACUACAUCCAGUUCACUGAGUGCGUUCACAUGCAUACUAAUAAUCCGAAUAUUUACACCAUCUCAGCCUUCGCUGUGCUCAAGUGCUUGUGUUUAGAUUAACUUGGUCGUGUGUUUUUGUUACAGCGCAUUUUAAAUUGCAUUAGAUACAUUUCAAGAAACUUGCCAGCAGGAUCACGAGUAAUCUGAUCGUUUAAUACCUGUAUAACCAUGAUGUCAUUUUUGACUUUUUUUAAAUAUUUGAAUCUGAUCGAGAAGGAAGGUUUUUUUUUAUAUUCAAGCUUCAUAAUCUCAUGCCUGAGCCACAUUUAGAGAAUGAUUUGGCUCCGAUUUAGAAACCCUUAAAAUUGACUGGAUCCUUAACAUUAUUCAUGGAAGACCAAUAAGCUAAUCUGUUUAGUCUAUAUUGUUAGAUUUGAUCUGAAAUAACACAAUAAAAUUCUCUGAAAUCAGAUUUUGAAAGAUCGGGAUGAUCAGGCAGUUAAGGCUGAGCUGAGCGCUGGUGUGGGUGCAGGUUUUCAUUCCAACUAAUUAAGAGCCAUAACUGAUAUUAAUUGAAAAUGAUGAGAAUUAAACAGGUAGAAUUUGGUGUGGACUUGGUUGGUUGGAGUUAAAACCUACACACACACACACACACAUGCACACACACACGCACACAACGGCCCUUUGAGGAAAAGAUUGAACACCACUGGCUUACGCCAUAAUGAUAGUGAUCAGUGUUUGUGCCAGAUGUCCGAUUUAGAAUAGAAUGUCUGGGGUCUCAAAUUAUUGUGUAAUUUACCGUAAACAUCAAACACUCCCAGAUCUCAAUUUGGCUCUCAGAUGACUCGAUAUAACAAAAAAAAAGAUGUAUCAAACAUGAUAUAAACCGUUUUUUUUAUUACCGUUACUUAAAAGAAAUGAUGGCGUUAGUAAAUUUAGUUUGACUAGCUAUUUUACUGUAUUAACUAAAAAACCCUGAAAUUUGAUCUAUUUUAUGUCGUGUUCAUCUUCCAAAAGCUUGUUUCCAGCGAAAAUGACCUCAGUAGUUCGAGUCCAGUGUUUGGGCCCGGACCUACGCGCUUUGCUGUUGAAAGAUAUUUCUCGCAACAAUACCGAAAGACCUCUGCCUACUGACCGACUCGUAGAGAAGGAAGUUAUCCCAUGAAAUACGAUCAGAUUAUAUUGUGCAUGUCAAUUCACUCAGAACGAACGUAUUUUUUUAAAGUUUUUUGUGUUAUGCUCUCUCUUACUCUGUACCGUUAUUACACACACAUCUGAGGAAAGCUCAACGUGUUACUGUUCCGAUUUUCCAACUGUACCUCUUGGUUUUUUUGCUGACAUUUAAUUAAUGUACUGUCAUGAUUAUUUGAUUUGUAAUAUUUUUUUUCAGUGUGUGUUUUUAUUUGUGAUGCGCAGCAGUACAUGACAGUGGAAUGAGAAGCAGAGAUCACAGCAGUGUAGCUGCUUCAAUAGCAUUAGUGUGUGUGUGUGUGUGUGUGUGUGUGUGUGUGUGAGUGUGGCCUGCUCUCCUCCAGCGCUGUACGACGGGACUUUUUACCCCCCUGUAUGUAAUUAAACCAAAUAUUCACUAUGCAGUCACUCAGUCAGUUUGUUCAAGCCCUAAACCUCCCACACACACACACACACACACACACACACACACACACACCGAUGGUAAGACCUCCGUUCGUUGCUUUUGUUGCCUUCAGUUAAAGGAGAGAAUUAAAGAUGAAACGUGUUC